UGUUGUUGGUGAUGUUGAUGAUGUUGUUGAUGUUGUUGCAGUCGAAGCUGUUGAGUUGGGGUUUGUUGUCUCAGAGGUCAGAGUUCAGUUCUGAACUGGAAUCAGCUCUUCAGUCUGGAUCAUUCGAUCGCUCGGUGCGUCUCCUGAAGGAUUGUGGGCCAGCGGCACUCUCUGUCGAGCUCACCUAUCUGACACCAGAGGGGGGCGGGGCCAGCAGCCUCCUUCUCGCCUUCAUUCAAAUGAUUGACAGCAUGUUGGCCGGUGGGCGGGACUUUGAUCUGGCUCACGCUUACCUGGCGCUUUUCCUGAAGCUCCAUCUCCGCUCGUUAUCGCAGGAUGCCGUUGCCAUGGCUGCGUUGGUCCGCCUCUCCUCCCGGCUUGAGACGGGGUGGGCGGAGCUACGGACAUCAUUCGACCAAUCGCUGUGUCUGCUGUCGUACGCCAAGAGUGCACUGCUGUGACACACACUGAAUUUUGUAUUUGAUUAAAAGCUGUUUGAUGUU